GCACUGCAAAUUUGGUGCCUGUCAAAAGUGAGCCCCGCCCGGCUGGCCGAAAAGUGAUUUUGGGAAUUUUUUUAUCGUUUUCAUUAAAAGCCCAUAUUACCCUGCAUAUCACAUAGGACCAGAUUUUUCUAACUGAAAGUCCUGGCAUUAUAGAAUUCUCUUCAUGAAAACGUUUUAUAAUUCAAUGCUAUAAUUUGUUGUGCAAAGGAAGCGCGUGCUUUGAUCGUCGUGGAUAUUGAAUGAGUGCAAAUUCUCUUGCAAAAUUGUGAAAAACUGCAGAAUUGUAGGUUUAAAUAGGGCAAAAAAGAACAAAUUCUGUCCGAGGUCUGUAUGAUAAAAACAAGGGCUUCAUAGUACUGUUUACCUGAGACGUGAUGAGAAAAAGUAUGUUUAAAAGGCUGGUUUACACGCCACCAGAUUCGUCGCCAAGAUUUACUAGUAAACUAAACUUGUCGAACACAAAAAAUCCGGCCUGAUUUUUUAUUUUGGCCUCUCUCUCUCUCUCUCUCUCUCUGUCUCUUAGACAGAGGAAUGCAACGUGUAAAUUGGCUGCCACCAAGGACUAUCGUGGCGCGUGUGUUUCUUAAAAUUAUAUUUCGGGGUUGUCCAAUUAUCCAUAGUCUCUCAAACGGAGCAAUGUUGGAGAGAGUGGUGAAUGCCACAUUAUGAUGCAACAGCUAAUGCAAAUACAAUACACGAAUAGGUAGGUCUAUUUGUUUUCCAGGCCUAAUCUACUGUGAACAAACAUGAUUGCUAUUUUUGGGUCUACAAAUAAGACUAUUUAAUAACCCGAUGUAAAAGCUGUUUCACUAUUGGACUGUCAAAUUAUUUUUCUCUAAAAUCACUUAGCCUUUGCCUCAAACGUCAAAUGAAUGUGCCCUGAUCUGUGGAUUACAAGUUUAUUGUUUGACCAGUAAAUUAUGAAUUUAUUAACGGGAGCUUCGCUUUUAGCCCUGGCUAAAUCUAUAUAUUAUUAGUAGUAGUAGUACUGUAUAACCUCCACCCACUUGUAACCGCUAUGUGGUAGUAGCCAACUCAAAGCUUGGCUCCUUUGGCUGCUACACACUCUUUUCCUUUGUUAUGUUUAAUUCGAUGUAUAGUUAGCUCUGUUUUUAUUAUUAUUAUUAUUUCUUCUUUUUUAUUCCUUAUUGUUGUUGUAUUGUAAUUGAAUAAGUGUGAAUAAAUGAACUUGAACUUGAACUUGAGCUUCACACAUUUUUUAGUGAAAAAGGAAAGUGCAGCAUGCGUACAAUCCCAUCAGCCUGAACUUUCACUGGACUGAAAAUACUAAUUCACUUGAAAAAUAAUCAACUCAGUGUCAACUCCACAGUAUGUUUAAUAAUACUUAUCUUUUAAAAACUAAACAACUGGAAUUAUAUAUGUUUAAACAUUCAGUGCCAAAUUUCAUUUAAACAAGAAGAAUUCAGUAAACAAAAUCAUGGAAAAGGAAAAUAACAAACCAACUCAGUCUUCUCUAUUUCCACGUUUCUCAAUUCUUUUGCCAAACGUCGGCGGAUUUGAUUGAGCUUUGCUUUAUCUUGUGUGCCUUGUUGCUGAAGCCGAUAUCGCUUACAUUUAGGUAGGAUAAGAAAAAAAUUCCUUUGAAGGCUAGACUUGAGAUUGGCGUUUACGAGCAAAAGGUUUGAUUUACCACGCUCAAUAACAACUUGAAAGCCCCUUCAGCGCUUUCUUUCCCUCCACUUUUGUUUACCUUUUGACUUCUGGUUCUACUGCUCAUGCUCAGAUGGGCAGCCAAUGAAAAAUCGAGUUGAAACGGAUUAUCCCAGAGGUCCCCGUUGCCCUUCCGCUGGACAAAGCAACGCGAACUCUGGGAACGAGAUUGAUAUUUUCUAAAAGUCGCCUCUCACUGCGCACGUCGAUUCGAAAUUUCUGGCGAUAAUGAUUUAGGCAUUGGCUGUAACAUCAACAAAAGAGGAAAUUCUUUCACUUGGACCAUCUGAUGAGUCAUAAGCUAGAAAAAAUACAAAAUGCUCUUCCUUCUGAAAACAAAUACAAAUAAUGUCGGUCUAUGUCGGUAGUCGGUAGUCGGUUAAUAUUUUUCCUGUCCUAGUCGGUAAUUUUUUUUUUCUCGUUUGGUCGGUAGUCAGUAAUAUUUUUGCCGUUUGCCGCCAGUCGGUUAACCCCAUUCACACCCUCUUCUAUGAAUCGUUUGACAAUUUAUUUUUAAAUUAGCUAACCAUUUUUUUUUUUUUUUUGCAAAUGCUGUAAAAUAUGCUUCGCCUCCAACGGAGCUUGAGCUCCCCUUGAGUGAGGGUCUGGAUGGGGUUAACUGGCGACUGACAAAUAGCCAAAAUUCUAACUGACAACUGACAAAUAGCCUAAAAUUUAACUGACAACUGACAUUUGCCUUGGGUUUUACUGACAACGGACAAAGGACCUGAUUGUCCCUUAUUUUCUACAAAUCCUGUUUUUAAGGUCUCAACUAGCAUUCUUUCACUCUUUUCAUCAGACGAUGUGUCUCAAAUGUGCGUUUUAAGGGUAAUCUUAGCAGCAAAGACGCUUAAGUGUCAUAUUUCGUUAAUGAUUUACUGUAAAACCCAUGUAUGUCAUGUACCAUCUGUUGUAAAUGACCUAUGUCCUCAAAUUUACACUCCUCUAAGUACGCGCUAGCAUACGAUGGCUGCUAAUGAGGACGUUGCAAAAGUAAUUGCAAGUUUUUACCGAGAUCAUUUAGGUAUAGUCUUUCUUGGUCUUUCUUACUACCGUAUUCUUGGGUUGUACGUGACGUCACCAAAAACCAAGCUAAGAAACUACCGAUUCUUCUGAGUCUCUACUUUCACGAGGUAUUACAGUACCUAAACAUCUUUACAUAAACAAAUUUUUGGUUCGAAAAGGGUUCUUCGUUUUGCGAGAGGGACGCUUGAACUUCCAGGCUUUUGCGUGACGAGGCAUUUAGCUGGCGCUGGGAAAGCUCUUAUGUGGGUUAAAAACAUUACCGAUUUUGGGAGAUUUUGCAAUGUAAACAUUCCUUGUCUCCGAAUAAAUAUUACUGUAAUCUUUAUGAGUUCCUCAAGCGAAGAAUUCACGCAUUAGUAGGAAAACUCGAAAACAGAUGUUUCUGUUGGUAUCCGGCGGCCAUAUUGGUGUUCCUGAAAGGGACACCAACAUGGCGUUUCCAUACAAAGCUUUAUAAAUUUUCCCAAUAUCUCGCAUUUGAAAUAUUUCACAGACCUGAUUCUUGGCAAGGGUUUUUGUAUAUUUUUUUUUUUUUCAUUUCCCAGAUUCUAGUCCUUCUGUAUUGAAUGGUUUGCAUUUUUAUUUUUCAUUGCGUGACAGUGCAAGCCGAGAAUUUAUUCGAUUAACCGCCCUGGGCGCUUAUUAAAUUUUUGGACCUUGAGAGUGGGCGCUUAUUCGAGGCUGGGCGCUUAUUAAAUUUUCAACAUUUUCAGCUAGUGUAGUAUGUUUAUUUUGCAACAAAACAAUAAAUAAUAAAAACAAAACGCGAAGAUAUAACAAAGCAAGGUUUCAGUAAAAUACUCUGAAGAAAACUCCGUCUUCGGGGAAGUCUCUUAUUAGUACUGAUUCAAUUUUUGUGGGGUGUGAGGGGAAAGGGGUGGGGUGGAGGUUGGCGCUUAUUCGAGGCUGGGCGCUUAUUAACUUUUUCUGCCUUUCGGAUGGGCGCUUAUUCGAGAUGGCGCUCAUUCGAGGUUGGGCGCUUAUUCGAAUAAAUACGGUAUUUACGUCCCAGUAUUAUACCUGCCAACUUUUUCUGGGUUUUUACCUUGUCACCACCAGGGUUUCUAGAAACGUUCCGGCUACUUCCGCAGAUUUCCGACGACUUUCCGAAGACUUCCGAACGUUGCCGGAAAUGUUCCGAAGACGUUUGAGCACUUCCGAAGUUAUUUUGGAAACGACAAUUUUAGCGUGCUUUAAUUUCGUGAGAACAUUUGAGCACUUCCGAAGUUAUUUUAAAGACGACCAUUUUAGCGUGCUUUAAUUUCGUUAGAACACAGAAAAGGACACCAUCAAAUUCAUCAUUUAAUGCCUUUUUGGAUUGGAUUUUCAUUAUUUAUCAUUUUUUGAGAAACGCUUUGUCCGGAUUUGUGAGUCAGGCGUGAGAAAUUGUCCUUGAUACGUGAGAUCGAUGUCUUUAGACUCUUUAGUCCACCGGCCAGGUAUACAAUACUCUGAAGGUAUAAAUACUGAUGGACUUAAUGCUUGGAAAUGUUAGACUCUGGCCAGCAAAAACGUUCGAGUGAAGGCGAGUGACACAAAACGUGAGAAAUGAAGGGCCGCUUUAAAUGCUUACUGAUAGCAAAACUGAUAAAAAUUAAGGUACUAUUGCAUCAGUUUUCGAAUUCAAUUUUUUGAUCUGUUUAAUUUACAUUAUAUGUGCCUUUAAAGCUGAAUUUCUGAUCAAAGAUAUACAAAUAAGUUUCACAGUUAAUCGUUAAUAAUCAUUCAACUCCUGACAACUGACAAAAAGCCUAAAAUUUAACUGACAAAUGGGCAAAGUUUUAACUGACAACUGACAUUUGUAAUCAUGUUUGUAAGUACCUCACUCGAUGUUAUUUCGUAGCCACCCAAUUUAAUAAAUAGGAGCCCUUUGUGGCAGAAGUCAACUUUCUCUAACUUCAUGAAACUGAAACUAAAGGUUUACCAGCUAAAUGUCUUCGUCACUGGCAUAGUAGAAAUUGGUUGAAUUGGUUUUGCCACAUAAAAUUUGUCAAAAUGGUGCAUUGAAUCCCUUCAGUAUUCCCCGUGAAGGGAAUUUCAACGUGUGACAUUAAUCGAUUCAGUAAAAGAAAGAGCUUUUGGUUAGAGGUAAACAGAAUUUGACACGAAUAUUCAACGACACGCCUUAUAACUCUUUCAAACAAUUCUACCGCCAAAGUGAAAGCUUCUUGAAGUUUUAUCGGUGCAGUACUUUACGAUACAGUCAAAUGAAAGGAUAGUUCUUAGCUGUAUGUUUCGUCACUAUUUUCCUUCAAACACGACCUAGAGAGGUGUAACAGUACAAAACAUUACGCAGAAUGAUUUUUGCUGGCUUGCAACAUAUAACAAUUAUUCACCGAAGUGGAGUUGGCUAUAUAUAGUGGUGGUUAUUACCGAGGCCGCGAAGCGGCGAGGUAAAUAUUCACCGCUAGCCACAGACACUGAGGUGAAUAAUUGUUUUAGUAUAUACUAAAAGAGUGAGAUAAUUGAGCGCAAAAAUGAUGAUUUUUAACUCAUUUACUGAGUCAAUAGCCCGUGAGGUCGACGGCCAAAGGCCGAAUGGGCUAUUGACUCAGAGGUCAUGAGGGCGAGAGGAAUAAUUGUUUUAGUAAAAUCCAACUAGUUGGUCAAAAAUGUCGAGACAAAACAACUUUGGCUAGUUAAAGCUAGACUUUAAUCCUUUUUUGCCGCCAAAAAGCCGGCGCUUUUCGCUACUAGUGGGCUGUAACAUAUAGCCUAGUAGUAGCUCAACCAAUCGGAACGCAGAAUUGAUAAUAGACCACUAGUUGGAUUUUACUAAUGCAAGAUAUUCACUGACUGAGUAGCCAAUCAGAGCGCGCGAAAAACACUAUCCACUGUUUUAGUGGCACUAAAAACAACUAUUACAGCUUUCACGCCGGACCCAAUUAAGCUCGAGAAAAUAAUUAUAGAAAUGAAAGCAAAACUGGAGGCGAUUGAACAAUAGCUUAAAACCUUAUCCAAGGAAGAAGAAAAAAAGCUGGUUGGUGGUUGCAGUUCAGUUUUGAAUGCCGUCACAUCUUUAAAACAUAAAUAAUUGCUAGACUACUGAGCGGUUUGAAUUUCCGCAUAAACUUCAGUCAAUAAGAAAAGGGAGAAAGAUUUAGAGUGUAUAAAGACAGUUAUAAGCUGUGAAUCUCUUUUAAUGGGUGCUUACAAAAUAUGUAAAUCCAUAAAGCAUAAAUAUUAGGCCACGUAAACUUACAUACUGACGCAAAGAUAUCCUGUUGUACGCUGAUUAUAAACCUUAUUUUUUCAUUUGCGGACUGAUACCCAUCGUCGAUCCUCCUCAUAGAUUCAUUGCAUCAGAAUUCAUUUUCUUCAAAAAUAAUGAUAAAUAUUCUUUACUCAUUCAAAGUUCCAGAUCCUGUCGCCUUCUUCCCCCUUAAUGCUGCGUACGGUACCAAGGAGAUUAACAACCGAGCGGUAAAAGGGAUUGCUAGUGGGGUUACUCUGGCUCCAGGGCCCGAUGGAAGACCUAACUACUCUUAUAAAUUUUCUGGAAGCUCCACCAGCUACAUCGAGUUUCCCAACAGGAUUGGAGGACCUUUGGACGUGCGUUAUUCGAUGACUAUGCUGUGCUGGGUGUACUUUGAUGGCCAAGAUGGACCUCUAUUCAACUACAAGACUAGUGGAAGCUGGGGUGUUCACCUGUGGGUUGUCAGUGGAAAACUCUUUGCCCGUUUCACAAAACGAGGUUAUUCGUUUACCACCAAUUUGGCACACACCAGUCUCGCGGGUGGAUGGAAGUUUGUUGGCGCAUCUUACGACCGUUGUUCUGGCGACGCCAAACUGUGGGUCAAUGGAGCUGUGGUUCAGACGUUAAACAUUGGAGCGGGCCUUGAACUAGCCACUCAAGAUAGUAUCAGAAUGGGAGUGAAGAGUGGUGAUAGGAGGUACUUCAAAGGUAGAAUUGCUCAGAUGCGGAUCUACAACCGAGCUUUGAGUCAGGAGCAAAUUCAAGCAAUACAGAAACUUGUCGCAGGUAUCGAAAAAAUAAAAAAAGUAAAUUUAAAUGUUCAUUGCAAUGUGAAAAAUAAAAGUGCACAAGUUACCGGACAUUCUCUCAUCAAUGGGUAUUGAAUAUUUUCACUAUAGAAUGAUCCUGCUCUGAGUUCCUAUGGCGCUUCGACUUAAAAAACUUUUUAAAAAUAGCCUGUAUUCAGAUGGUAUUGAAGAGUUCAGUUUUACACACAGAUAUUGCAAGCACUCGCCGGGCUGAAUCGUGAUAUUGUAGAUUCCUGACUGCAAUUUUUUGAGAGUCCGAAGUCCAUAGCUAACCUGGCUUGCUUUUACUAUUUUCCUUUUCAGCCUGAUCCUGGAGAGAAGCGUCAAGUCCAAGAAAAUUUAAGCCAAUAUUAUGAAUGGAGCAUUCUCUGCCAGUUGCUUUAAAAUUUCGUGGGUUUUAUUUUUGUAAAGGGAAAUAAAGAGUAAUUAACUGUACAUGUAAGUUUUGUGAAGUUGUUAUCCUCAUCGACGUCCAAAGUCUGGCAUUAUGCAAGAGCUGUUAAAAAGUAUUAAAAGGGCAGGGGCUUGGGGGCAGGAAUAGAUAAGUCGGCCUUGAGGGGAUCGAUAAUCAGUUCUAAUGAACUGCCGUUGUGCUCCGGUAAUGUUGAAGGAAAGCGACUUCAAAUUUGAAUCUCAGCAGCCAUGCUGAUUACUUUGCUGAAUAAUAACCUGCCUUUGAAAGGAAAAAAAAGCAGAAAUUUUUCCAUAAGUUUUAGCAAGUGUACUUCAUGCCGUGCUAAAGUUUAUAAAACUGCUUUAUCCUACGGUCUAAAUACGGUCAUAAGGCGGCUUGCACCUGUAACCCUAACCUAAUAUUCCUCAUUCAGAUGGGCCCCUUAUCCACUCCAAAUAAGGUCAUACCCACUAUGAAGCGAAUUAACCAGCCUUACUAUACAAACCAAGAGUGUCCUGGGUCUCCUUCCAUUCAACACAGUUCCGAAAUUUCGGUUGGUACAUCAAAUUGGAACAAGCCAUUUCGGUAAAAAUUGUUGUACCCAGUACCACUCUUUUGUAUUCUGCUUACAAGAACAAAAACCAAACGCGAGGUGGUUUGGUUCAGGGCUCUGCAACCGAAAUGCACCGUUCCAUUGUGCACGUGGAGUGUCCGAACUUUUAAACCGUUGAAUUGUAGCGCCCUGGUAAUUUGUCUUACAUGGCGCGACAGAGGGCUCGAACGCCUCCGCCUCAUAGCCUUUGUACAGACACCAAUUUUUUGCUCGAUGAGGAGGGAAGAGGGGCCGUCUGCACACAGGCUACCGCCUUAACGAUCGUCAAGAAAGGAAUUAAGGGGCUUUGAAAAAAGAGGUUUUACCAGAUAUCACAGAGGCUGUGUAUGCUGUGUCACCAACUCGGCAGACUUGUCAAAAUUGAGAGCAACACCCAUACUAAGCCUUUACUUAACGUUAGCGGGGAUCUUUUUCUCCUCAUCGAUGCCCAUUAAUCCGCCAACACUUUGAUUGACAAUAAAAUGCGAAAUAAGAGUGGUUCUAGGACUUAUCUUGCGUUGUGUAAGCGCCUUGGCUCAAGCACGCAAGGGAGUUUUUCGUCUUGUUUUCUGGCUACGGGAGAUUUUUUGUUCCGUUUUUUUUUUUCUUUUCACGUUAGGCUUAUUGCGAUAUGACUUGUGAUCACGGAUGGACUCUGGUCGCUCGGCCUCUAUUAGUGAUACCUUACGUUGGAUGAAAGACAGUGGACUAUAGUGGUAUGACAAGAAUGUUCCUUCUGGGGAAACGUCAUUACCAGAAAUUCGAGUCAUUUCGUUCAUGCGAUACUUUUAUUCCUGCGGUUUAUCGAAAAUCUACAAAGCAUACUCGGUGGGAUCAGAUUGCCAAAAUAUAAAAUGGCGCAUUUAUGAGGAAGAUGUGAGCGGGUAGACUAUGUUGCUCUUUAUAACCUUUCUUCCCUGAAUCUGGAACCUCCUUUAAAAAAAAGGAAAUAAUAAUUAAAAAACAAAAAAAUGAGGAAUUUCAAUUGACACGGCUAUUUUAGUUUCGUCCUUCCGGUUCUUGAAAUUUUUAUGAGGGCUGGUAAUUCGAAGAUAUACUGCUGGCUUUCAGUGUCACGCCUUUCAAAAUAGAUCAAAAAAAAAAUCAAAACCGGUCAAUAGAUAAAGUUCAGAAUCUGGGAAAUGAAAGGAGGUACAUAUACAACGACCCUUUCCAAGAUUCAGGUCAGAGGAAUAUUUCGUAUACGAGAUAUCCGAAGAAAUGUUUUACCCAAACUUACAGAGAUUUGUAUGGAGACGCCAUGUUAGUGCCCACCUGGAUAACCGGCUGGAUGAGCUCCAACAUGGCGGAUGGAAACCAACAGAAACAUCUGUUAGCGAGUUUUGCUACAAAAGCGAGUAAUAUUUACCAAAAUUUGAGAGCGCAAAAUUUGAGUGUUUUAGGAAACGCGAUUUGUCCAAGUUAUCUUCUGUAAACCACCUAAAAAUUCUUAUCAUGAGAACCGACACAGUGAUUGUUCGGUUAAGAUCAGGGAAGUAGGCUGCUUUUCCUGACACACAAGAUAUUUAAAAUUUUGUGGUUUAUCCCAUACAAUCCUUUGUAGCCUCAGGCCGCCAUUUUAAAGUUUAAUGUCGAGGAAAUUUGAUCGGUGACUCGAAUUUCUGGUAAUGCAAUUGAUCCAUCACACAAUACUGACAUGAUUUCUUCAGCAUUCUGGCUUGUCAGCGUAACUGAGUUUAAGAUCACGCACAGUAAUGACCCUCAGCACACUGCCCUUCUAAAAACCAAAAAUCUCUGUCUAGCUAAACUGAGGCGUUUAGGUCGAAAAUCACAAACUAUAGUGACUUCAGAAAUGGUAAGGUUUUGUCCAGAGAUCAAUGUUUGGGACGAUGUAGUGUCUAUUAUGGGGGCCAGUACCAAAUAACCGAAAGCUUUAAACAAGCUGCUUGCAACGGAGAAAUGCAAGACGCCAAUUCGAUUGGCUUUUGGUGUCACUGCUGGGGUGCUGGAGAUGGAUCGGGGAUGAUGAUUGGUGGAGGGAGUUCAAGCUGUAGAACGGCUGAUCAUGGGAUUGGAGUAACCGAAGGUAACUCUCCUUCACUAGCAGACUUAGAAGACGAAAAAUAUUUUGGCAGUGAGACUUUUGACAAUUUAUUUAAGAAGUAUUCUUUGAACUUGUGGGUAAAGUGAUUCUAAAAAAAUCCUGCUUCUUUUCAAGAAUGUCAUUUGAAAGUUUUGACUCGAAUUGAGUGGAGUGUCACUGUACAUAUAAUUCCCUUGCGCCAAAAGCCUGGUUAAACCAGGGUUUACCUGGGUGCAAGCCUGGUUGAACCAACCAGACUUUUCUGGUUUUCAAACCAGGCUUUCCAGACUUUACCAUAUGUGCAAAAAGCCGGGUUAACCAGGGCAUUCCUGUUAAGGCUGGUAAGCCUGGUUAUUCUAAGAACCAGGAAAACCAGACUUAACCAAGCUCGUGAAAUUCUGUCUUGUAAGUAGGAUAACAGGCAAGGAAUUCGCGAAUUAAAUGACGCUAUAUUUUAGCGUGAAUUCGUCAAUCUGAACUAAUCUCCGAUUUUUAAGUUACAGAUGAAGGAUAUUUAUAAUAAUAAUAAUAAUAAUAAUAAUAAUAAUAAUAAUAGUAAUAACAUGUUUAAACAGGAUGACCAUUUCAGUUAUAAAAACUGCUAUCAGUAUGGGUCCUGUAUAAAAAUAAAUGAAUAAAAAGAUAAAAACAUUAAUUAUAUAUGAAACUAGGAUACAUUACAUAAUUAUAAUCAAGGAAAAAGUAGCCUCCUAAUGAACAAAACUACAUACAAUCAUUAAAAAGGGUAGCCCCCUUAUAAAAAAAGGCCCUCUUAGUCAACUCGAGAUUGACUUUAUCAAUAGAUAACCAAUCCUUAGACCCAGUGUCAUAGUCAUGAAUAUCAUAAGUUCGCCGUCGAAAAUAAUCUGAGAAAUAAAUUGGAGCUUGUCUAUCAAGACAAUUCUUGACAAGUUUGACGAUAGGUUUCUCUCUUCUCGUCUUAAGAGGGUCCCAACCAAGACUGGAAGCCAUAUCUUGAGGGGACAAAUGCAACGUCUUUAGCACUAUUCUAGCGGCACGUCUCUGCAGGCGUUCCAAUUCUUCCUCAUUUCCUUUACCACAGCCAUGAAAAACAGCACAACAGUAUUCCAAAUUUGGUAGUAUCAUCAAUUUAUACAGUCGGUUCGAUGCUUCAGUUGUUAUUGAUGAUCUAAUUCUUGAGAACAUCCCCAGUGUUUUCGAAACUUUCUUCCUCACAUAGUCAAUAUGCAAAUUAAAGGAAAGACUGUUGUCCAAAACUACGCCUAGGUACUUAAGGGCAUCACAUUGUUUCACAGAUUCUCCUCCCAACGUUAUAUGAGCCCCAUUGAUGUCUUGGCGACAUAGUCUCUGGUGGGUGCCAAAAACCAUGAACUCAGUCUUCUUUAAAUUGAGAAUCAGUUUAUUUGUAGACAGCCACUCAGACAGAUUAAUCCGUUCCAAAUUUAACUGUAACUCAAUUUCCGAUAUUAGUGGAGCCGAGAAAAAGAUAACUGUGUCAUCAGCAUAUAUCAUAACUUUACAGACAUCAACACAGGAAGGUAGAUCAUUGAUAUAGAACGUAAAUAAAACCGGACCAAGGAUGCUCCCUUGAGGCACUCCACUUUGGACAGCUAAAGGACUCGACAACUCGUUAUCCAGGGAAACAGCUUGAAAUCUGUCGGAUAGAUAGCUUGUAAACCAAUUAAUCGAAUUUUCUUCAAAGCCAAAUCUUCUCAAUUUUGAUAAGAGUUCCUUGUGCGGUACAGAAUCAAAGGCCUUCCUUAGAUCAAUAAACAAAGCGCCUGUUAACUUUCCGGACUCUGCACUUCUUCUUAUCUCAUCGGUGAAAUAGAGCACGGCACUCUCCGUUGAAUGGUGUUGUCUAAACCCUGCCUGAAAUGGACUCAAAAGGUCAAACCUCCGUAGGUACCGUUGUAAUUGAACGUUGACAGCUUUCUCCAUAAUUUUUGACAUAGCCGGCAAUAUUGAGAUUGGUCUGUAGUUGUCCAUACUUGCAUGUCCACCAGACUUAUAUAAAGGAACGACACGGGCCAUCUUCCAAUCACAUGGAACAAUUCCAGUACUGAGCGAUAAGUUUACAAGAAAUGUCACAGUAGGAGCGAUAACCGAAGCGCCGUCUUUCAAAAAACGAGCCGAAAUCCCAUCCAAACCAGUGGCCUUUUUCACUUUUAAGUCCUUCAGUUGCUUAAAAAUAAAGUUUUGGGAAACUGGUUGAAGCACAAAACUUUCAUUAGUAAACUUUUCAUCUGAGAGACCAAGAAUGGUAGUUGAUUGAACGGAUUCCGGGAGCUUGGACACAGUGUUCGUGAAAAAGAUGUUAAAUUUCUCGGCAAUAGUUGAUUUACUAGUGAUGGUUUCACCCUCGUCCGUUAUUAUAGAUUGAACGGUCGAAGAUUUUCUCUUUUUUUGGGAAAAUGCUCUUCAUAGCUCUCCAAAAUGAUUUCGGGUUGGCCAAAUUAUUCUGAAUUUCGUUUCUCUGAUCACGACGCUUCUCAAUUUUGAUCCUGUUGGAAACUUGAUUUCGUAAUCGCCGAUAUGUACUCCAGUCAACCUCAGAUCCAGUUUUCCUCGCUUUCCUUAGAAAAGAAUCACGUUCAUUCAUAAGCUUUUUUGUUGCAGAUGUUAACCAUGGACAUAUAAUUCCCCUCAACACUUUAUGGCGAAUAGGAGCAUGUUUAUUACAGACCGAUAGAAAUAACUCCUUCCAUUUCGACCAAGCGGAGUUUACAUCCCUUUCACUGUUCACAUCAUCCCAGGAACAUUUCUCCAAAUCCUCAAUGAAAGUCAUUUGGUCAUACUUUGAAAAAUUUCUGCAUUCAAUGGAGCGUGGAGGAAGUUUACCAGCAUUAAUUUUCCUGACCACAACAAGCAUAUCAUGAUCACUUAAAGUGGAUGGAAUAACUUUAGCAAGAGUAACAUUUUUAGGACUAUUAGUAGCAAACAAAUCAAGUAGGGUAGAGCUUUCCUUAGCGAUUCGUGUCGCUUUAUCAAUCAGUUCUUUCAAAUUGAAACUGGAGAGGUUUUUUUUGUCUUUUGUUGAAUUGGAAGAGGAUGCAUCCAGAAAAUCGAAAUUAAAGUCUCCUGUGAUCAAUGUUUCCUUAUUCUCAGCAUUUGCAAGCUCAAGAACCUCUUGAAACGGAUUCAGGAAAUCAGAUUGUGACUGAGGUCUAUAAAAAGUACCAAAUAAAACUCCUUUCGCCUUGGGUAAAAAUAUUUAAUUCAUCCAUCUUCCCACGAAGACUUCGUAUAUUUUGUUGUAAAAACUGAAGGCCACGUUGAUUUACAGCUUCAGAGAAUUCUGCAAAACCAUGUAUCGCUGUUUCGAUUAGAUCUUCAUGUGCCAUAGGAUCUUUAGCGUUGUUGAGUUGUUAUUUAUCGAUUCAUUUAUGAUAUUUUAGUGAUCCGUUUGUUUUUGGCCUAAUUUUUGUAAUUAAGGAUGUUUCAGGGCGGGUUCGGCCCGUCACGGGGUCUUCCUGAUUUUACAGACAGCCUAUAAUAUUGUGACCUACCCGCAUAACGCAAGAAGUGUUCACCUGGAAGAAGUUUGUGAUGUUUCAAUUUAUUCGAACAUCAUUUGUACCGUUGAAUUUAUCCAGCCGAUAAUUUACUCUGAGGCAGCAAAAGGUAAUCAUGCAAGGACAAACGUAAAAAGUUGCCUGAGAAUCUCUGCUUUUUCUGCAUGUAAAGUGUAUAUUUCCAUCCUUCACCAUUUACAAAGUUUAGGAUAAGGUGUGUGAAGCGUUCGUUUAACAAAACGAUCUACAGUUUCGAAAGUUUCGAUCGUUUGGAUCGUUUCGUAGUACAAUUCAUGCUAUAGUCUCGGCAAUACAAACCGUAGAAGGCGUUAAAUUUUCUGGCACAAUGGAUAUCACGAUUCCAAAGAAAUCAUCCCAGUUAUUUAUUACUUUAUUGUUCAGUGGUAAUUUGAAAAAAACUUUAGUGAAAUACUCCUUACCUUAAUUAUGUUUAUCUUUUUCAAGAGCGCCUAAAGUUGACAAAGUUGCACUGGUACCUCAAUUGCGCAGGACGUAAAUCCAAUAUCCUUGCCUACAGAGGGUUUCGCUUAGGGUUGUGUGAAAAGAAAUACCUAAAUAAAAAAAUUAUCUAAUGCCUUAACUGCGCGUGUGAUCUUCUUAAGGAUUCACUGAAUAAAGCCUGAGCCUGGCCUUAGCUAUGUCCAGGUUGUACUCCUUAACAGUGUUUAGGGAAAGUUCAUUUAAUAUGACAGGGGGGGAGGGGGAUGAAGAUAUUGAGGGGGGGCUCCGAAAAUUUUUAGACACCUGAAGGGGGGGCUCUGAAAAAAUUGUUGCGCUAGGAGGGGGGGCUCCGAAAAUUUGUAUACUUCAAAACCAACACAUGACAUCAUCAUACAGAUCGGAUGGUUUUCAACUCAACAAUUUAAUGACCUGUGCAACUCAGCUAUAUCACGUGGUUUACAGAUAUAACAAAUGUAGUCUCAGUAAUUAUUACACUCUUGUUCAUCCCAAAAAUGCAGGGAUCUCAUCACAACUGCAUCUCAAGUUUGUCAUAGUAUAAACCAUUGAAGACAAUAACGGUAAAUAUAUUUAAUACAGUCUAGCGAUCUUUUUUCAGGGGAGCAAAGAAAUUGAAGGAGGAUGGGGGGGGCUCUGAAAUUUUUUCGACUCCAAGGAGGGGACUCCUAAAAAAUUGAACCGCUAGCGAGGGGGGCUGCUAAAAUUUCAAGCUUCGAGUUUCAAUAUCUUCAUCCCCCCUUCCCCCCUUGUCAUAUUAAAUGAACUUUCCCUUAAUUCUAGCUUUUUUCGACGAGAAAUAUGUGAGUCCAGUACUGCAUCUUCACCGACUCGCACAAUGUAAGGGAAUCCGAGACUGAACUCCACGCCGUGGAUUCCCGAUUUUCCAGUGAAAUUUGGAUUCCGGAUUCCAAUUGUUAGUGGGAUUCGGGAUUCCUAUAGCUAUAUUCCGGAUUCCAAGGGCCAGGAUUCCGGAUUACACAAGCAAAUAUUUCUAAGAUCCAGGAUUCCACAUGUAAAACGUUCCCGGAUUCCCUCACAAGGGGUGAUCCCACACUUGGUGACUGAAAGAUCAGUGAUCGCACGUUUGAUUGCUACUCUGACCACAAUUAUGAGUUGAAGAAACCUGUUUUUUUUUAAUUUUUGGUUUAGAAGUAGGAAAAUCGAAUGAAUUUAGUGGUAUAUUGUAAAACAAAAACAUUUUCGAAUAUGUCACUGUUUGUACGAGAAAAGGUGUCAGGAGAAAGGUGGGUAGCCAUAAGAGAUUUGUACAAGAGCUAUAAUGGCUCUUGACAUGUACUACUGAAGUAAAUCAUUCUAUAAUUCUACAGUAAACGUUUUGUGUGAUGAUUGACUAGUUAGUUUGAAUAAAUUAAACAAACUUGAAGCGGUCGCGUGAAAACGCGCGGAUAACUCUUUCGCUCGAUCGCGUCGUGACUCGAUCGGUCGUUGAUAUGGAAAGAAAAAAAAACAUAACUAAAUUGUAUAUCACUUGAAAGAUGAUACUUAAACAAUCCCUUAAAGUUAAGCUAGCUACCGGUUCUCCUAUUUCCAAAUCCUGGCACUGACAUUUCAGACCAACAAAUGUCAUUUUUCACUUCCGUUGACCUGGCCUGACCUGGCCUCUAAUAAAUCAUGUCAUCAUUACUUAGAUUAGAACGCCAACAAAAAAGACUUCUUAAAUUCCAUUUUGAAUUUGAAUACUUAUCUUUCUUUCUUUCGAAUUGAACCAAUAAAUACUUAAUUCAUACGUUCCUGUAGUUUCCUGAGCUUACCCUGGGGCAGGCUCCGCAUUGGGGGCAAUGAAAAAUAAUCGGCGAGGGGCAAAAAAAAAAAAAAAAAAACAAAGGCUAGCUAGCGAAGAGAGCCAAGAGGUAGUCUGUGGAGGGUAAAGGGUGGUCGCCCUUUUACCCACAGUUUUCCUAUCUGACCCCGUUUUUUGCCUUUUUCCCCACUGCGCCAGCCUGGCCCCAGGCUACCUCAGUUCGAAAACCAUACCCGUUUCCAGACCAAAAUGAGCAAAGCCUAUACCCGUUUUCUGACCAAAACGGCGCAAAAACCCCACCCUUUGGAGGAGAGGAUGGGGUAGCACUCCCAAUAGAGAGAUUACGAUUCUCGUUUACCAAAAACGGCAAACGUCACAAUCAAGUUGAGAAUUUCUCAGAAUAGAAAAUAUUAAGCAGAUAAAAACAGUCCUGAACGAUUCCUAUGGUUAAAACUGGCAUUAAAACUACUUAUCAUUGGUGGAAGCAAUAAAGAGUUAACGGAAAAUAAGGGAAAACUUGGUCACUUGGUACAAGUUCAGGUCUCCCGUUUGGCAUAAACUGUGAAUCUUAAUCUCUAUAAUAUGACGGGGAUGCUCGUCGGAAAAUUGGAAUUAAACCAUGUUAAGGAGAACAACCUGGACAUAGCUCAAGGCCAGACUAAGGCUUGAGAAAACCCUUCACACAACCCUGAACGAAAUCUUGAGGGUACGAAUAUUGGCUUUCCGUCCUGUGUAAUUGAAGUACCAGUGCAACUUUGUCAACUCUAGGCGCUCUUGAAAAAACAAAAAAAAACCAUAAUUAUGGUAAGGAGUAUUUCACCAAAUGCUUUUUCAAAUUAGUACUGAACAAUAAAGUAAUAAAUAAUUGGGAUGAUUUCUUUGGAAUCGUGAUAUCCAUUGCGCCAGAAAUUUAACGCCUUCUACGGUUUGUAUUGCCGAGACUAUAGUACGAAACGAUGGGCAAUUUUACGGGUUGGGCGAGUGGGAACAGCAAAGAUCUUAAGAAGGGCUCUAGACACCUGGCUGUAGAAAAUCGCUUGAUGACCUAGGGAAACGUGACCAUCGAAAACAACCAGUGGUGGUGUGAGAUAUGAUUAAUAAUGACUAAGUAAAUGUAUAUGCCUCGAAAACUGAGACCUAAACAAUCCCUUUAAAAUAACUCUCUCCUCUCAUCUCUUACCCCAACUUAAAAAGGCUUGAAUCUAGGCGAGAGGCCGAACCUGCUUUUCCACCUUUAAAAGUCAGUUUUGUUUGAUAUAUGUUUGUUAUCGGAGUCAGUUGACCCACUAAUGUAAUUGUGAACAAAGGAACUGAACUUUUUAUUCUAGCCCCAGAUUCUGUAUGUGAUAAGGGAAAGGAUAUACAAGAGGAAUUCAGCAUUGAUCCUCAUUUUUUUUUUUUUUUUGGCACAGUUUUUUAUUGAUGUAAGUAGAUAAAGUAAAUAGAUACAUGUAACUGCUGAGUUGAGUGGGAGCGAACUGGCCGGUGGCCAAAGUGUUGAGAAAGCCAAUUUCCGAUGAUCAGUUUACUUUACUAUAUGAACUUGAUACUCUGCAAAUAAUGUAUUCAACUAAAUGACAACAUUUGCAUUGGGUUUGUUGUAAAAUAUCUUAAUAUUUCAAAUUAAUACAAGAGAAAUGGUUAUGGGUCGUAAUUAACCCUCGGAAGUACAAGUGGGGGGGGGGGCUGGUUGCCACUCCCCCGUGAGUUUUUUCUAAGUUUUUUCCUAUAUGAUAAAACACCAGCACCUGACGUUUUCAGUAGCUGUUUGUUUAUUUCUCGCGCGCAUUCUAAGACAAGUUUAGUUAUGGUCAGUUGCUAUGGUUAGGAGAUAUGACGUCAUAUGUAGCAGGUGUUCAAGCCAUUUUCGGGUGAAAAUAGAUGUUUUUCUUUCCGUUUCUUUCAACAAUAAAAGUAAAUCACGCAUAGUGUUUAUUUAUGUGUUAUUUUUCAUGAAAAGCACAAAAAAAAAAAAAAAAUACCACUAACCGCCGCGGUGGUUUUAAGAUCAAUAACUUUCAAAAAUCGUUUCGAAAUACUGCAACAUAUCAAAAACUCUGGGGAGAAGUUCCAUCCACCAUCCACCAUCCGCUUCCCUCUCCUUAAAUGUACCACGGUGGGGGGUAUGAAUUUGUGUGUACGUCCGAGGGUUGAUAUGUUUUUAAAGUCGAAUUCAUUAUCGGGGACACAUGCACCGUACUCUCUGUUGAACUCAUCAUAGAAAGUACCUUGGGAAAACGGUUUAAAAAAAUGGAAUACCGCCCUAGAAACUGUCGAGGAUUUCUUUUGUCAACCUAACUUCAAUGAUUCUUAGUUUUAAGCCUAUCGAAAGGGUAUUUUGUUGGAGUUUUCAGUCUCCUGAUGUGUAUUUGUAAUCAGUAUUUCAUGGCUUGCCGUUAGUUUAGUAAGGUGUAAGGCCACCUUUGAAUUUUUAUAUUUGAUGACAUCAUCCGGCUGGUCUAGUGUUUGCGUUCUUUAAAAGCUAUAAAAUGAAGAAAACUCUGGGGAAAAAAAGCAUAAUAGUGCGUAGUUUUCUACAACCUAUUUUACGGUUAAAGUAAAAUUUCCCUACUAAACAUUAUUUUAUAGACAUAUUAAAUAAUUGAUUAAUAUGCCUUUGUAAAAGUUAUUAUUUGCGGCAGCCAAUUGAAAAUUUUAACUUCUUUAUAAUAGGCGAUCUCCAUCUCGUUAGUCAAAUUACCCUCCUGGCCCUGGUUGUUCAAAAGAUGGAUAGCGCUAUCAACUGGAUAAAUCGCUAUCCAGUGGAUAGGUGUUAGGAAAACCAAUUGCACUAUCAGCAGUGAAUACAGAUUUAUCCGAUCAUGGCCGAUGGAUUACCGUUACCCACUUUUUGAACGAGCGGGGCAUGGUAAAUAGCUGAUGCCGGCCGUGGGCUGAUGACAUUUACGUUUUAGUCCAUUAGCCGGUCGCGGGCCGUUAAUUAAUUGUUCCAUUUGACAGUAUCGAUAACAAAAUUAAAACUUGAUGUGCUUGUCAGUAAGCAGAAGAGAAAUUCGGCGCGUGAUCGGUAAAACCCAGUGCACGCUGAGCUAUUGCGAAUAUCAAAAAUUAUUCGUAGAAUCUACUCUCAGGAAACUGCAUGGUACGAAAUUUCAUAUUUUGCAGUUUUGACUUUUUUAUGUUUCUUGGCAAAACUCCAAGUGCUUGUUUCUUACUUUCUGAGGUUCUUUUUAAGUUUGCUCAUGGUAAUAUCACUGGCUUUAAUAUACGGGUCUUUUAUUUUCCCUAGUUUUAACGAUCAAAGAUUUUCUUUAACUUUUAAUACACUUACUAAGAUUAGUAUUUGGCGGGAUGUGGGUGGAGAGAAAUACCAAAUUAAAGUGAAAGUUUCAAGCAAUUCUGGUUUCAGUAAGAAAUAUUUGUCGUCUGAGUAUCUUCCGGAGUCAAUAUCUCGUCACCAUCUGUAAACCAUUAAUUGACGAACCUUUAUUUAUAGAAGUUACAGCUCUACUUUUCAACAAAAGUAAGAGUCCUUUUUUAAAACUCUUAUUUUCCGUCUGAUCAUAUGAAUUAUGCUGAUUUUUUUUAAGAUUAGCGUUGUCAUGGGAAUGCAACAAGAACCGGUGCAAUGGGCUGAUUCUGAGCGUAAUUAUCUGAUUAAAGAUUUAAAGAGAGAAAUUGCUUGAAGCUUAGGCUUGUGUUUAAAAUUUUUUCACCUAUGUUCUAUACACUAUCUAUAGCCCCCUCAUUGUUAGCUUCCCGCGCGAAAAAUAGGAUGUUCUGAGUUCGAUUCCUUUUUUCGUUUUUUUCGAUUUUUGUCAUAAUUGCGUUUUGUUUUAAUUUGUUGUUUAUAUAAUUAUUGUAUAUUCUUAUUAUACUUGUAUAUUUUUUUUUCCUUACUGACCUUUUUCCUUUUCCUUCUACUUCUCGCCGUUAGAACCAAAAAAAUGGGCAUUAUGAUAAAUUGAUGGAGAAUUGUUGGUUCGAUUCAAGAACUGCCAGCUGAGACUUUUGAAGAAAUAAAGAGCAGUGAAGGUCACGCUGUUAGCGGAAAAUACUGAUUUUCCACUAUAAAAUCUGGUACAUCUGUUCUGGCUUAUUGCAAUAUGAAGACCAACGGUGAGUUUAGUCAGUUUCAUAAUCGUCGACUGAUUCUUGAGCCCUCUAACAAAUGCAACUUUCCUUUUUGUCUGUUAUUUGUCAUGACAACUGAAAAGAUAAAAUGAAAAAAUCUUCGGGUUUUUUAUUACGCCGCAUCGCUGACUAAGGUUAACCAGGAGAUGUAAACUACUCGGACACACAAAAUAAGACUUGGAAAAAGGAAAUUUUAAGAGCAAAAACUCAGGUUAGAUUAGUCUGCUACACAGCCGUGUUUUAAUGUCGUCGCAUAACGAUCGACAAUAAGAACUUUAAGAUCCAACGACGCGGACGGCAACAAGAACGUAAAAAAACGAUAGGUUUAAUGAGUAAAACAACAAGUCUUCAGGUGGCAUAACUCUUUUUUGUACGUUUCUUUGCCCGUUUUUGCACGACCACGACGUGAAAAUGCCUAGUUUCGCGUUUUAUGGAGUACGUAAAGAAGCAACUACGAAAGUUUGUUUCUCUCUCUGCACUUGGAUAUGGUCCCUAGGAAUUCAACUCCAGGAGGGUUCCCCUACAUUUGGCAAAGUAAGUGGGUAGGAAUAAUUGCGAUAAAGACUAAAAGAACGCAAAUUCACAUUUUAAGCGACGUUCUCGUUGCCGUCGGAGCCUUGGAUCUUUAAGUCCCUACUAAAAACGGCUUCUAGCAGACGUAUGUUAGAUAGGACUGAGUACUCUUGGGGUCUUAUGUAGGGGUAAAUGUCGCUCAAUAAUGUUUGUUUGUGUAGACAUUGACGAAUGUAGUGCUUCUUCUCCUGUAUGUGACAUCAACGCUAACUGCUCAAAUACUCGUGGAUCUUUUUACUGCACCUGUAAGGAAGGGUAUACGGGCGAUGGAAUAACUUGCUAAGGUAGGAGAAAAAACUUUUUGAUAUAUAAACAAGUUAAUUUGAAGGGAAGUUAGUUUACUCCGGCGAAUCAAAUCAAACAAAAUCGAACCAAAAUUCAGUCUCCCCGAUUAGUAAGGCACUGUGCCUGAGAAAUAAGACAUGAGACUUCAUUAUCAUUAUUGUUAUUAUUAUAAAAUUCAAUCGAACCCAAUCGAACACCAAUUGUUCUAUUCGGUUCGGUAAUCGAAUAUAAUCGAACAUCUAUUUUGCUGAGUUCGAUUAUUGAACCAAUCGAACAAAAUAUAAUGCAAUCGAACUCAGUCCGAUUCGAUUUUGUUCAGAAUGCAUUUCUUGUUAAGUAGAUCACGCUGGAGUAAUUAUGCACAUGAGCAACCAAAACGCUGUCGCCAUAAUUCUUUCUUAGCCCUCAAGGGUGGCCAAGAGUGACGUGACAGGAUCGAAGAGGAUUAGGGGGACUGGUCACCGUACAAAAUUUCCGCAAACUAUACACUUGUUAAUAGGGUAACAUUUAGGCUUUUUUUUAAUUGUUAUUACUUUGCUUUUCAUCCGUUAUAAUAUUUAAUCAUAAACAACAAGCAAACAGGAGUUCAGCAAUGGCAAGUUUAAUUGAGUACGACUCGUUGAUCGUUCGGUAAUCAAACGUUCGAUUAUGUUCGAUUACUGAACCGUUCGAUUAGAUACGCCGGGUUUACUGCAGUACCAUCAGAGACAGGGCAGCUCGAUCCAGAGACGUGUGACAUAAUUUAGUAUUUAUUGAUCAGAUAGAUUACCACUAAAAGUGGCAGGGCAGCCCGGAUAGAAAACCAGGGGGCUUAUUACAUUCAGGCUACCCAGUUACAAACAAAAUUCAGAGUUAUUUAAGUAUAUCUAAAUGACAGGAGUAAGCUAAGUAUAAGUAAUAAGGUUAAGAAGUAUAAUUAUCAAUCAACAAUCGUACAACUGUACCUGCAAGGCAGGAUACAGUGGUGAUGGAAAAACUUGCCAAGGUUGGAGAAAAUACUUUAUUUAACAGGGUUUGAACUAGGUAUAGUUAUUUUACUGCUCUACCAUUAAAGAUGGUAGUUUUCUAGGAAAGUGUGACAUCAUUUAAGAUGGCGACUAAUAAUGAGAUUCGCAUUAUAGUUUCUCAGUAUUACACAAUAUCGGGAUGCUUGUGGACCACGUUUCUUUUAGGGGCCGCGCGUAAAUGUAACCUUUAAAGUUAGUUAUUUAACAAAAGUGAUGUUUUACUAGAUUACUUAGCACCAUCGUCCGUCGAAAGGCCCACCUACUAGCACGAAAGAGAAACCUAAGAAAAAAGAAAAGGGAAAUUUAAAAAAAAGUGCAUCGUGCUAUACAUGUAGCUACUGAAGACUGCACGUUUUUGUUGAUGACAGCACUAACAAUGAGCAGCCAGAUAAAAACUCAGCAACAUUUUGUUUCCCUUUUGAGGAAUUUUAAUCCCCUAGUGCUUUCCGCAUGGAUUGGACAUCCAUUAGGAAAGUUUUUUUUACCAAAGUUUGUUUUUCUUAGACAUUGAUGAGUGCAGUGCUUCUCCUUCUGUAUGUGACGUUAAUGCCAUUUGCUCCAAUACUCGUGGAUCGUACCACUGUAUCUGCCAGGCUGGAUACAGUGGCGAUGGAAAAACUUGCCAAGGUAGGAGAAAAUACUUUAUUUAUAAUCUAAAGGUCAGUUAAAUAAAGAAUGGCGGUUUUCUGGAGCUCGUUGUCGUAAUUUUUAUACUUAACCUUGAAUACAAACUACCGCCCCCUCAGCGAAUUUUAAAAAGCGAAAAGCCGAACAAAAUGAGUGAAGGAAGGAUUACACCAUGGUAGGACACGAUGGACGGACCGAAUGUGCAUUGAUUUAACCAAAGUAGAAAUGAAGCUAAACUCUUAUAAGAUUUUGACGACUGCCGAGUUAAGGAAAAAUAGGCUGAAAAUUGGUAUCAUGGAGUUAUAGUUGAAAUGCUAGAUUGAAAAAGGAUAUGAAGAUCUUGGAAAAUCAGCACAAAAUCUUACAAGAGAUUUGGUUUUCAUGGAGUCAGAGUCGUAAUCAGAAGCGUUAAGAACUUAUGAUCUAGUGAAAACAGCGUUCCCAUCCCGCUUACAACUCUGUCGCUUACAGAUUGAUUGUCGCAGUCGGAAGCAGAAGAGGAAGAACUAGUCUCCCUCGCAGCCGUUUUUUGGAUGUCACGCAGCGUUGCGUGACAUCCAAAAAACGGCUGCGAGGGAGACUAAGGAAGAACUAAACCAAUCACAAAGCGUGUAAACGUGCAUUGUGAUUGGUUUAUCCAUCCGCUUCUGCUUCCGACUCCGUUAAUCUGGUUUUCACUAGUUCAUAAGCGGAACGUACGCGAGGGAGUCGUAAAUGGAGUUUGAAGAAAAGGACAUAUUCCGAUUCGUAAGAAAGCAUUUUUAUCAUAAAUUCAGUUAAAUGUCUCGUGAAGAAGAUUUCAGAACUUGGUCAUAAAGUAUCAGUGCCGCGCGCAACGCCAGUCGUAAGUGUUGCGUCGAAAUACGAGGCCAAAAACAGGUAAGCGGUCAAUCUGUUAAAAAUAAUGCAAUCUCCGUCGCCGUUUGAGACCAGCCAAAGAUGCUUUUGCCGAUGCUCUCUGGUCGGUAUUUACUGACAUCUGCUCUUAAAGACCUUCUAACUAUCCACGUGAACAUGUUUCUCUUCAACGGGACGAUAUACAAAUAGUGUAUUCCUUCUUGUUACUUUCGAUUCACACGUAGGGAGAGAGUUGCAACGGGUUAAAGUUUCUCCCUUGGGGAUCUUGGGAUGGGAUUGUUUCUGCAGCUCCCGCGCAAGCUAACUGAUCUACUUUCAAAUGCUGUAUUUAGAUAAUUAUUCGGCGUAGAUAUAGGCUUAAUAACUUCACGCAAUAAUUUUGUGUUCGUUCCAAAUCACUUCGCCAGAUGACCUGAAAUGACCCGUCCCCUCUCCGCAGAAAUCGGCCCCAUUGAAGAGGAAUGGGACACGCAAAGCCUUCUGGGAGUUCCGUCCGCCAUUUUGUCUUUUUGCUGCACAGACGAGUUGGCCUCCAUUUUAUGAUUGGGCGUUGCCCUCACGGGCCGCUCAAGGAAAAUGAAAAAAAAUUCUUUCUACAGCCACUUCAACAGAAAUCCCUGACCACAAAACGAACAAAAAAAAAAAAAAAAAAACCCGAGCAAACAACUCAGUAAAGGAGCUAUCAUGAGACAGGGGAAGUUAAGAGAAAUUACAAAAUGUUUGCUAUAACCCGGUUUUUAUAACUCCAGGUAGAAUUAAAUAGAUAGAAUGAUUAGAUCUGUGUAAUUUUAAUUCAGUUUUCGAUUUGCUACAUAUUUAUUAAUGGUCAUUAAUAAAUAAAGUCAAGCUUCAAACUUCAUGUAAGCGGCCGAAAAAACUGAUGGAUUGGAUUGGACAAGUACGAAAGGCGAGGAGGGUCUUCCGACUUUCGACUUCCAUCUUCCGACUUCCGAUUUCCGAGUUCCGAUUUUUUUUUUUUUAAUUACGACUUCCAUUCCAACGACUGAUCAGCAACAUCUGAACGACUUAAAUGCUUCAAUUUUAUUUCAUGCGGAUCUUUGCUGGCUAUAAACUCAAGAGAGCUUUAAUUUGACUUGAAACUGGGCCACGCUCCAUUUGUUCAGCAUAUUAAUGGAUAGCCGUUGUAUUUUCAUCUGGUUUUCUACUAUCUUGAUCACGUUUUGAGCUUUCAAAAGGAUUACUACUGUAGUGGCAUAUGACAAGGUUUACACCUUAUCGGAUUACGUUUUUGGGCCAGAAAUUAAUUUACUAAUUAAAUUCCCACAGAAGGAAAUUCUCUGGUCACCUUUUGAAAACAAAGGGUCCGUAGCUACUAAGAAAUCAUGCUGAUCGCAAAAAAAAGUCACUUGCGGAUCCUCAUGUUCAUUAAGGAAGGCUUUAAGUCAAAAAUGGCAGUAUCACUGUAAGAUGAAAAUCUAUAAGAACCUCUUAAUUAGGUCAAGUUUGUUUAGAAAACUCAUCUAAAAAGUGUGGUACCCAGGUGGGUUGAUCAGUUUAUGCAGAUGGUUGAGGGAGACAUUCUGGAGCAAUAAAAGCUCGGUGUUUUGCCUAUGUUUUUCCCAAUUUGUUUAGAGUAAGAACUUUUCAAAAUUUGUCAAAAUAAAUCCUAGGGCUGAUUUUUUGAAGGUAAGAAAAGACUUCAAAGUAUUCAAAAAAGUGUUUUCCGAUUAACUAAAGCAGUCUUUUUUGCUCGAUGGAAUGUUUACAGUUAAGAUUACAGUUUAAUCGAGUAGAAGUCAAGGUGGUUUUGUAAACUCAACAUUUCCUUUACAGGCGAAUUUUUCCCAGAAAUCAAAUUCAACUUGUGACAAAAAAAUCAAAGUAAAUCUUUACUAAAACUCGAGAUUUCAAUUUAAUAGCACAGAGGAACGGUGCCUUACCUCGAGCAACCGGCCACCAUUGUCUGCACUUGCGAAGAACAGCACAAGCUGUAAAAACAACCUUUUCCCUAACUUGGCCAGUCGACAGUUAAAAACAAAGCUGCUCUUUUCUUUUCAGGCGUGGAAGUACAAUUUAAACUUCUGGCGAUUCCAUAUAAAGCAUUAGGCUAUUGUUUGCCAAAGGAUUACGUGUAAACUGCGAUUUGAUUUGCAAUUUUUGAAAAUUCUGUAAAGAUCAAACUUUUGCGCAUGUUAAUCAAAUUAAACAUAAAUCUUUUCCUUACUGAUUUAGGAGUAUUUACCCCGCUGAGAAUGUUCAGCUUCUAUUCAUCUCGUGUUUAAUAAAGAAUAAUUGUUAAUUGUCCAAUGUGAAGUGCGAAACAAAAUAUCAGUAGAGCGGGAAAAGGUGUGUUCCCAAGAUUCCUGGUCAUGUCCUUGAGAAAAAUACUAGAAACCUUUAUAGGUUUUUUUCUUCCUCUUUCAAGAGAAAACACGUUCACACGUUCGUCCACACGGCCGGUUCUACGGUCGCCUUUGUAGGACCCGCGAGUUUUGUGUUCAAGGCUACUUGUCCUCUCUCUUUCCAGCUGUUCCAACAAAAACGAUGGUCACGUGGUCGCCUUAACUGUAUUUCUAUGCUUGCUUGUAAAGGACCAGUCUGUGUAGCAGUUUUAACCAAUUUCUAUGGUAGAUUCUUCGUUGAAGUAGGACAAUUUAUCAACUCAAAGUCUUUCCACUUAGGCCGCCAUUUUUGUCAUUUGCUUACUCCGCCUCGCUUUGGGGAGUUCAAUCCUGAAAGCGAGUCUUCCGGAAGUCAACCAGUUUACCGGAAACUGUUUCCGCGUGGUCCGCAUAGUUCUAAAAAUAACUUUUUUAAAAUAAAGAUAUCCCAGCCAACGCCCUCAGACUCCCUCUCUGUCCUAUUAUGGUUCUUGACCACGUAUAACACACUGAGUUGCAAAGAUAUCCUGUUGUUCCCUGAUUGUAUACCUUAUUUUUUCCAUUUGCGAGCUGAUACCGAUCGUCGAUCUUUUCUCAUAGACCCAUUGCCAGUCAAGAUUCAGUUUCUUUAAAAUGAUAAUUUUUUUUUUAUCAAGUUCCAGAUCCGGUCGCCUUCUUCCCCCUUAAUGCUGCGUACGGUACCAAGGAGAUUGACAACCGAACGGAAAAAGGGAUUCCUCGAGGUGUUAUCCUGGCUCCUGGGCCCAAUGGAAGACCUAACUACUCUUAUAAGUUUUCUGGAAGCUCCAACAGCUACAUCAAGUUUCCCAACAGUAUUGGAGGACCUUUGGAUGUGCGAUAUUCGAUGACUAUGCUGUGCUGGGUGUACUAUGAUGGCAAACACGGACCGCUUUUCAGCUACGGUUCAACCUGGGCUGUUGAAUUCGGGAUGUCCCAUUCCGGUAAACUUGCGGUCCAUUUCAGAAAACGAGAUUAUUCGAAUACCAACCGUUUGGUGCAUACCAAUCUCGCUGGUGGAUGGAAGUUUGUUGGCGCAUCUUACGACCGUUCUUCUGGCGAAGCCAAACUGUGGGUCAAUGGAGCUGUGGUUCAGACGUUAAACAUUGGAGCGGGCCUUGAACUGGCCACACAGGAUAGCAUCAGAAUAGGUGUGAAGGCUGGCAGUUACUUCAAAGGCAGAAUUGCUCAGAUGCGGAUCUACAACCGAGCUUUGACUCAGGAGCAAAUUCAAGCAAUACAGAAACUUGUUGUCGCAGGUAACAAAAAAAUAAAUAAAUAAAUAAAUAAGUAAAAUUAAAUGUUCUUUGCAAUGUGAAAAAUAAAAGUGCAUAACUUACCCGUGAUUGUCUUAUCAAUGGGUAUUGAAUGUUGACACUAUAGAAGAUCUUGCUUUAUUUUCAAUGACAUUUCGACUUAAAGAACUUUUCAAAAAUAGUUUUUUUUUUCAAAUGGUACUUAAAAACAGGUCUUUUUUUUUCACACGGACAAAUUGAAGGAUAUUUUGCGAGCACACUGCAUGAUCAGUCACUGAAUGAAAUUUUCCUGAUUGCAAAUUUCUAAGACAGCAAAGUCUAUAGCUAACCUGGUUUGCUUUUAUAUUUCCUUUUCAGCAUGACACCUGGAGUGAGGCGUCAAGUUUAGACAAAAUUAAGCCAUCAUGAAGAAUGAAGCAUUCUCUGCAGCUUUGAAAAUUUCCUGGGGUUUCUUUUUGUAAAGGGAAAAUAAAGAGUUAGUAACUGUACAUGUAGGUCGUGUGAAAUUGUUAUCCCUCAUCGACGUCGAAAGUCUCGCACCAUGCAAGAACUGUUAAAAAGUAUUCAAACGGUAGGGGCUUGGGGGCAGGAAUAGAUAGGUCGCCCUUGAGGGGAUAAUCAGUUCUAAUGAACGGCCGUUCUGCUCCGGUAAAGUUAACGUUGAAGCUAGGAAAGCGACUUCAAAUUUGAAUCCCAUCAGCUAUGCUGAUUAUUUAUGCUGAAUAAUAACCAAGUUUAAGCAAGUGUACUUCAUGUCACGCUGAAGUUUAUAAAACCGCUUUAAGCUACGGUCAAAAUUCGGUUAAAAGGUGGCUCGCACCUGUAAACCUAACCUAAUAUUCCUCAUUUAGAUGGGCCCCUUAUCCACUCCCAAUAAAGUCAUAUCCGCUAUGAAGCAAAUUAACCAGCCUUACUAUCCAAAAAUUGUCUGAACAGUGCCAAUCUCUCCAAUCUAUGUACACAAAUGAAAACAAUAACAACAACAAUCAAUCCACUGUACAAACCAAGACUGUCUUGGGUCUCCUUCCAUUCAACCCAGUUCCGGAAAUUUCCGUUGGUACAUCCAAUUGGAUCAGGCCAUUUCGGUACCGCUAUUUUGUAUUCUGCUUACAAGAACAAAAACCAAACGCGAGGUGGUUUGGUUCGGGGCUGUGCAACCGAAAUGCACCUUUCCAUUGGGCACGUGGAAUGUCAGAACAUUUAAACCGGAACUUUUGGUUGAAUUGUACGGCGCUGGUAUUACCUUACAUGGCGCGACAAAGGGCUCGAACGCCUCCACCUUAUAGCCUGUGUAUAGACGCCAAUUUUUUUUCGAUGAGGAGGGGAGAGGGGCCGUCUUUACACAGGCUACCGCCUUAACGAUCGUCAAGAAAGGAAUUAAGGGGCUUUGAAAAAAGAGGUAUUACCAGACAUCACAGAGGCUGUGUAUGCUGUGUCACCAACUCGGCAGACUUGUCAAAAUUGAGAGCAACACCCAUACUAAACCUUUACUUAACGUUAGCGGGGAUCUUUUUCUCCUCAUCGAUGCGCAUGAAUCCGCCAACACUUUGAUUGACAACAAAAGGCGAAAUAAGAGUAGUUGUAGGACUUAUCUUGCGUUGUGUAAGCGCCUUGGCUCAAGCACGAAAGGGAGUUCUUAAUCUUCGUCCUGUUUUCGGGCUACGAGAGAUUUUUUUGUUCCUUUUUUUUUUUUCUUUUCGCGUUAGGUUUAUUGCGAUAUGACUUGUGAUCACGGAUGGACUCCGGUCCCUCGGUCUCUAAUAGUGAUACCUUACGUUGGAUGAAAGACAGUGGACUAUGGUGGUAUGACAAGAAUGUUGCUUCUGGGGAAACAUUACCAGAAAUUCGAGUCAUUUCGUUCAUGCGAUACUUUUAUUCCUGCGGUCUAUCGAAAAUCUACAAAGCAUACUCGGUGGGAUCAUAUGGCCAAAAUAAAAUGGCGCAUUCAUCAGGGAGAUUUGAGCGGGUAGACUAUGUUGCUCUUUAUAACCUUUCUUCCGUGAAUCUGGAACCUCCUUUAAAAAAAGGAAAUAAUAAUUAAAGAAAAAAAAAUGAGCAAUUUCAAUUGACAAGGCUAGUUUAGUUUCGUCCUUCGGGUUCUUGAAAUUUUUAUGAGGGCUGGUAGUUCGAAGAUAUAUUGCUGGUUUUCAGUGUCACGCCUUUCAAAAUAGAUCAAAAUAGAAAUCAAAACCGUUCAAUAGAUAAAGUUCAGAAUCUGGGAAAUGAAAGGAGGUACAUAUACAGCGACCCUCGCCAGGAUUCAGGUCAGAGGAAUAUUUCGUAUACGAGAUAUCCGAAGAAAUGUUUUACCCAAACUUAUAGAGAUUUGUAUGGAGACGUCAUGUUGGUGCCGACCUGGAUCACCGGCUGGAUGAGCUCCAAUAGCGGACAGAAACCAACAGAAACAUCUGUUAGCGAGUUUUGCUACAAAAGCGUGAAUUUAUUGUUCGAGAAACUCAUAAACAUUACAAGUAAUACUUUUUCUAAUACAUGAACUAUUUAAAUUGCAAAAUUUCCUGAAAUAGGUUAUUUUUUUAACCUACAUGACAGCUCUCUUUGCCGUCAUGUAAAUGCCGCGUCACGCAAAAGCUUAGAAAACCAAGCGUACUCUAUGAAAAAACCAAGAACCCUUUUGAGGCGAAAAUUUGUAUGAAAAUUAGUUUUCAGCUGCUCUAAUGCGUCGUGAAAGUAAAAUCUCGGUAGGAUCGAUAGUUUUUUAGUUUGAAUUUUAGUGAAGUCAUGUGAAAACCAAUAAUUGGGUACAUUACAAUUCCCCAUACAUCGCGUUCUUACCUUAAACUGCCUGGUUACGUAUGUUCUAGCAUGGCAAACAGUGAAAAGGUCGAAAGUUUUAGCGAUUUCUGAAGCCAUUUUUGACCGAAUCGCACGAUGGCGGUCACGAGUGAAGAGGCGAAAUAUUUUACUAUCAAACCUUCCGAUUUGUCCGAGGUUUUCCAUCGAUUGACGGAAUAUUCCAAAGCGAAUCUGGGCCAUUAAUUUAUCACGAAGCUAAGCUGAGCUAAGGAGAUCAAAGGAAGAUGUCCUGACGCAAGAUUUGCGGUCGAAAAUGGAGUUUUCGGUGAGUAAUAUUUACCAAAAUUUGAGAGUGUUUUAGGAAACGAGUUUUGUCCAAGUUAUCUUCUGUAAACCACCUAAAAAGCCUUAUCAUGAGAACCGACACAGUGAUUGUUCGGUUAAGAUCAGGGGAAGUAGGCUGCUUUUCCUGACACACAAGAUAUUUGAAAUUUUGUGGUUUAUCCCAUACAAUCCUUUGUAGCCUCGGGCCGCCAUUUUUAAAGUUUAAUGUUGAGGAAAUUUGAUCGGUGACUCGAAUUUCUGGUAAUGGAAAUGAUCCAUCACACAAUACUGACAUGAUUUCUUCAGCAUUCUUGCUUGUCAGCGGAAUUGAGUUUAAGAUCAGGCGACCCUCACGCGACCCUCAGCACACUGCCCUUCUGAAAACCACAAAUCUCUGUCUAACUGGACUGAGACGUUUAGGUCCAAAAUCACAAACUAUAGUGACUUCAGAAACGGUAAAGUUUUGUCCAGAGAUCAAUGUUUGGGACGAUGUAGUGUCUAAUCUGGGGGCCAGUACCAAACAACCGAAGGCUUUAAACAAGCUACUUGUAACGGAGAAAUGCAAGACACCAAUUCGAUUGGCUUUUGGUGUCACUGCUGGGGUGCCGGAGAUGGAUCAGUGAUGAUGAUUGGUGGAGGGGGUUCAAGCUGUAGAAGGGCUGAUCAUGGGAUUGGAGUAACCGAAGCUAACGCUCCUUCACUAGCAAACUUAGAGGAAAAAGAUUUUGGCGGUGAGACUUUUGACAAAUUAGUUAAGUUGUAUUGUUGCAACUUGUGGGUAAAGUAAUUCUCAAAAAAUCCUGGUUCUUUUCAAGGAUGUCAUUCCAAAGUUUUGACUCGGAUUGAGUACCGUGGAGUGUCACUGUACAUAUAAUUCCACGCCAAAAGCCUGGUUAAACAGGCCAGGGUUUACCAGGGUGCAAGCCUGGUUGAACCAACCAGACUUUUUUGGUUUUCAAAGCAGGCAUACCAGACUAUACCAUAUGUGCAAAACGCCGGGUUAACCAGGGUAUUCCUGGUAAGUCUGGUAAGCCUGGUUUUCCUAAGAACCAGGAAAACCAGACUUUAACCAGGCUCUUAAAGUUUUAAAUGAACCAGGUUUACCAGACUUUACCAUACCGUAUUUAUUCGAUUAACCGCCCUGGGCGCUUAUUAAAUUUUUGGACCUUGAGAGUGGGCGCUAAUUCGAGGUGGGCGCUUAUUCGAGGCUGGGCGCUUAUUAAAUUUUCACCAUUUUCAAGAAGUGUAACAUGUAUAUUUUGCAACAAAACAGUAAAUGGUAAUAACAAAACGCGAAGAUUUAACAAAGCAAGGUUUCUGCAAAACACUCUGAAGAUAACUCCGUCUUCGGGCAAGUGGGUUAUUAGUACUUACUCCUUUUUGCGGGGUGGUAGGUGUAAGGGAGUGGGCGCCUAUUUCAGUUAGAGUGGCAGUGGGAGGGGGUGGGGUAGGGGUGGGCGCUAAUUCGAGGCUGGGCGCUUAUUCGAAUAAAUACGGUAUGUACAAAACGCCUGGUUAACCAGGGUAUUCCUGGUAAGUCUGGUAAGCCUGGUUAUUCUAAGAAACAGGAAAACCAGACUUAACCAAGCUCGUGAAAUUCUGUCUUGCAAGUAGGAUAACAGGCAAGGAAUUCGCGAGUUAAAUGACGCUAUAUUUUAGCGUGAAUUCGUCAAUCUAAACUAAUCUCCUAUUUUUAAGUUACAGAUGAAAGAUAUAUUUAUUGAUUCAGUUAUGAUAUUUUAGUGAUCCGUUUUUUUUUGUUGGCCUGUUUUUGGAAUUAAGGAUGUUUCAGGGCGGGUCACGGGGUGUUCCGGGGGUGUUCCUGAUUUUACAGACAACCUAUAAUUUUGUGACUUACCCGCAUAAACUUUGAAACGCAAGAAGUGUUCGCAUGGAAGAAGUUUGUGAUGUUUCAAUUUUAUUCGAACAUCAUUUGUACCGUUGAAUUUAUCCAGCCGAUAAUUUACGCUGAGGCAGCAGAAGGUAAUCAUGCAAGGACAAACGUAAAAAGUUGCCUGAGAAUCUCUGCUUUUUCUGCAUGUAAAGUGUAUAUUUCCAUCCUUCACCAUUUACAAAGUUUAGGAUAAGGUGGGUGAAGCGUUCGUUUAACAAAACGAUCUACAGUUUCGAACGUUUUGAUCGUUUGUAUCGUUUCGUAGUACAAUUUAUACUAUAGUCGCGGCAAUACAAACCGUAGAAGGCGUAAAAUUGUCUGGCACAAUGGAUAUCACAAUUCCAAAGAAAUCAUCCCAAUUAUUUAUUACUUUAUUGUUCAGUAGUAAUUUGAAAAAAAACUUUAGUGAAAUACUCCUUACCUUAAUUAUGUUUUUCUUUUUCAAGAGCGCCUAAAGUUGACAAAGUUGCACUGGUACUUCAAUUACACAGGACUUAAAUCCAAUAUCGUUGCCCACAGAGGGUUUCGCUUAGGGUUGUGUGAAAAGAAAUACCUAAAUAAGAAAAUUAUCUAAUGCCUUAACUGCGCGUGUGAUCUUCUUAAGGAUUUACUGAAUAAAGCCUGAGCCUGGCCUAAGCUAUGUCCAGGUUGUACACCUUAACAGGGUUUAAUUCUAGUUUUUUUCGACGAGAAAUAUGUGAGUCCAGUACUGCAUCUUCCCCAACUCGCACAAUGUAAGGGAAUCCAAGACUGAACUCCACGCCGUGGAUUCCUGAUUUACCAGUGAAAUUUGGAUUCCGGAUUCCAAUUGUUAGUGGGAUUCCGGAUUCCUAUAGCUAUAUGCCGGAUUCCAAGGGCCACGAUUCCGGAUUACACAAGUAAAUAUUUCUAAGAUCCAGGAUUCCACAUGUAAAACGUUCCCGGAUUCCCUCACAAGGGGUGAUCCCACACUUGGUGACAGAAAGAUCAGUGAUCACACGUUUAAUUGCUACUCCG